GCAAAUAUUCCCUCUUUCUUUCUGUUACUCCUCUGCUCUGCUUUAAUCGGUUCCAACAGUCCAUUUCAACAAUGUACGAUUACUCCACUGAUUUUCCCUGCUGCUGCUUCUUUCGGACAUCGGACUCUGUAUGAUUAUUUACAGGUAGAACACUGCAUUUCAACAACGAUCUAAAAUGAGGGUUUUAUUUAACACAUUGGAGUCGCUAAGACCCCUUACAGAAACCAAGGCAUGGGACUACUGCGUUGUUUGGAAGUUCGAUGACGAUCCUUCAGGGUUUAUUAAGUGGAUUGGAUGCUGUUGCAGUGGUAGUAGCCAUGGUGUUUGUAAAAAUGUCAAAGAGGAAACCGAUGAACUCGAGCUCAAUACGCCUUACCUCUGCAAAGAUACUUACGUUAAACACUCUGUAAGGACAAAAGCUUGUGAAAAACUUGCUGUAAUUCCUUCUUCGUUGCCACUGUAUCCUGGGAUCCAUGGAGAAGUAGCGAUGUCUAAACAACCAUUUCUGCUAAGUAACGAUUCGCUUGGAACCCAAUUAGUCGUUCCUGUUGAAGGUGGUUUGAUCGAGCUCUUUAGAUCAAAACAUGUUCCGAAUGAUCAAAGGACGAUAGAAACCCUAAUUUCACGAUUGGGUGUCAUUAUAGAGCAUGAAUUCCAUGAAAAUGACAUGAAAAGUCGUGUGAAUUCAUAUCAUUUCCAUCAAAUUGUUCCUAAACUAGAGCUUCUUUUCCCUGUUCAACAACCUGUUAUGUCAUCAGGCGAUGGUAAGGCUAAACACAAGAUAGGUAAAGAACAAUACCAUUCAAAGAAUCUUGUAACCGAAAGAAACCGAAGAAAGCGAAUCAAAGAUGGUCUGUAUACACUACGCGCUUUAGUUCCCCGAAUUUCCAAGAUGGAUAAGGCUUCAAUAGUUGGAGAUGCAAUUGAUUACAUAAAAGAAUUGGAAAAAAAUGUUAAAGAGCUUCAAGAAGAGCUUAAGGAACUUGAAGAACAAGAUUGUAAGGUGAAUGAUGGUGAAGUGGAAGUUUGCAAACCGAAAAGAGCUUAUGAGAGCUCUACACAAAUGUAUUCUAAACCGAAAACUAGGGUUUCAAAUGUUAAUGAUUCAAAAAAUGAGGUGGAAGUGGAAGUGGAAGUACACCAAAUCGGGGCCCAUGAUUUCUUGUUGAAACUAAUUUGCAAUAAAAAACCCGAUGGGUUUUUGAAAAUAAUGGAGACAAUUGAUUCAUUGGGACUUCAAGUGAUUGAUAUCAAUGUUACUACUUGUAAUGGCCGUGUUUUGAACAUUUUAAACCUUGAGGCUAAAGGGAAAGAGGUGGUGGCCAAGAGUUUGAAAGACUCGUUGCUUACGAGUUGGUCGGCUUUAUAACUUGAUUGAAAUGUGAAUUUUUGUUUAGUUCUUUAAGUUUUUAUGUAAGAAAUUAAGAACAUUGAUUAAUAUUCUCAACAUUUUUCAUGUAAUUCUCGCUACUUGAUUUUAAUAGAUAUCCU